UUCGUUCGCGCUUCCCGAUUCGUUCCGGGGCUCUUCGGCUCUCGCUGCAGCUCCGGGCCGCCUUCCCGCCGCUCCCGCUGCUGCGCCUGCUCGCAGGGAAGGGCCCCGAUUCUCUCCUCCGCCUCCACCGUCUGCUCCCCCCAAAGGUGCGCCCAGCUGGAAUGCAUAGGUCUGAGCGCCGCUUCUGCAGAGAGGAGUUCUCCCAAGCGCCGGGCGACUUUUCAUGGGGAGCCGCAGCAGCGCCCGCCGCCGCCUCCGCCGCCGCCGCUGCUGCUGCUGAGCCGGGGCUCGCCUACCCGCCCGCCGCCAGCCGCAGCCCCAGCCCGGAGCCGCCCUUCGCCCUGCGCCCCCCGGCGGCGGCGGCGGGCGGAGCAGCAGAGGCCGGCGGCGCACUCCCGGGCUCGGCCUCCAGCCGCUCGGCCAGCCCCGACGACGCCGGCUAUGGCUACAGCUCCGGCUCGGGCCGCUCCGAGGGCAAAGGCGGCGGCGGCGGCGGCGAGGACUCCCGCAUCCGGCGGCCCAUGAACGCCUUCAUGGUGUGGGCCAAGGACGAGAGGAAGCGGCUGGCCCAGCAGAACCCGGACCUGCACAACGCCGUGCUGAGCAAGAUGCUGGGCCAGUCGUGGAAGGCCCUCAGCGCCAACGACAAGCGCCCCUUCGUGGAAGAGGCGGAGAGGCUGCGGAUUCAGCACCUGCAGGAUCACCCCAACUACAAGUAUCGCCCGAGGAGGAAGAAGCAGGCCAAGAAGAUCAAGAGGAUGGAGCCCAACAUCCUUCUGCACAACCUGUCCCAGUCUUGCGGCGACAGUUUCGGUCUGAAUCCCCGCCCUGCGGGCAGCAUCGGCCACCUGAGCCACUCCCAGCCUCCCCCUCUGAACCACUUCCGGGAACUCCGGUCGGUGGGCUCGGAUAUUGAAAACUAUGGCCUGCCGACCCCGGAGAUGUCUCCCUUGGAUGUCUUGGAGCAGAGCGAGCCGGCCUUUUUCCCUCCUCACAUGCAAGAGGACUGCAAUGUGAUGUCCUUCCGGGGCUACCACCACCAUCACCCUCCUCCUCCCCAGAUGGAGUUUUCCCCGGAAAAGAACCUGGGGCGGAACAUGCCGAUGGGCUACUCUCAGAACCCGCCAUCACACCUGGCCGAUGCCAUAAGGACUCCCCACCCCUCUGGCCCGUAUUACAACCAGAUGUGUGCUGGAGCUGCCGGCGGUCUCUCAGCCCAUUUGGGUCAGCUUUCCCCACCUCCUGAAUCUCACCACCUGGAUGGUGUCGAGCAUUUGAACCCGAACGAGCUUUGGACCGAAGUUGACCGCAAUGAGUUUGACCAGUAUUUGAAUAUGAGCAGGACUCGUCCCGAGCCUUUGGGCCUCCCUUAUCAUGUCUCCCUGUCCAAAGUGACUCCUCGGAGUCUCUCCUGUGAGGAGAGCAGCUUGAUCUCGGCCUUGUCUGACGCCAGCAGCGCCGUCUACUACAGCGCCUGUAUCACUGGGUAGGGCUCCUCCUUUGGACCACGUGUUCACCUAGGAAGGAGCUUGAGGGCAUAUCUACAUUAAAGACUGCAGCUGCUGUGACCACUAGCCCCUUCCCCAAAAAGGAACCCUGGGAACAGUAGUUCUCCAAAUGGGGGCCAUGAAUCUCUAAGAGCCAAGCUACAAGUGACUUUUUUCACGUGGAGAACACUUGAUUGUUUUUGCAAGUUUUCCUGGGAACUGAAGUCCAAAUGUCCUUCCCCUCUCUGUUAGAAUCGCUGCCUGAAGAGCCAGAGAAAGCUGGCAGCAGCAGCAGCUUUGGCAAAUCGUUCCUCCAGUCACAAGCCUGCUGCUCUGUAGAAAGCCGCCGUGUCGGUGAAGCUCCCCGGGAGUAGGACGCCCAGGGAGAAAGUAGCAGCUGCCCACCCCCAAACGAUCGUUGAGAGCCCUCUUGUCCAGCAGGCUUGUGACUAGAGGAAUGAUUUGCAAAACGGAAGGACACUCAGACUUCAGU